AUUCCUGGCGCAUAUUUGGUCCACGUUUGCGUCAGGGCGGACACUGCGGACGUUUUGCGUCGCCCCGCUGGAGAGUGUUUUUUUUGUCUGCGCAGACGCAAACGGACGCCCCGCUGGAGCUGCCCUAAGAUCCUUCAAGCCACGUCAUGUUGACCCCACAUGUCAGCCUGUUUGCCCGGUUGGACCGUCGCCCGCACGCCCCCACACGCUCGAAAAAAUUCAAAAACUCCACCUCUCUCGUCCCUCCCAGCACCGGUCACACCACAUCGACACGGGUAUCAUCCCAAACUUUUCUCAAUCCCCCAACAAAAUCCGGCAACACCAGCCUCUGCCUCGUCUCCCACCACCACGGCCUGCCCCUUCGCCGGCGACAUGGGUUCGGCUCCCGCAACCGCCGCCGCGGCCGCGGCCUUCCCCACCUCCCCCGACGUCGCCAUCGCCGGCGCGCUGCUCUUCCUCGCCGACUCCUCGACCGCGCCGCCUCUCCUCACCCUCAGCGACGAGCUCUCGUCCUACUCGGCCUCCUCCUCCUCCUACUCGGCCACCUCGGCGAGGUCGUGCGUGUCCGACUCCGCGCGGCUCAUCGACCCCCUCCGCGCGCUCGCCGUCGUCGCGUCCCUCCGCCGCAUCGACCCGAAGGUGCUGGAGAAGGCGACCAGCAAGCUGUUCCAGGGCGAGGCGCCGAGGAAGCGGAAGGGCGUGUGGAUCCAGAUCAGCGACGACGAGGACGAGAGGGCAAGCACGGUGGCCAGCGAGGGGAGCGCCAUCACGGCCGCCACGUCAGCCGCGUCCGCCGGGUCCACGGCCACGUCGGGGAGAUGCAGGCGGCCUCCGCGGGCGAGUGGCGCUGGCGGGUACCUGACGGAGCGAGCGGACGCGAUCAUGGAGUGGCUCUCGCGGCCGAUGGCGGUGCCGGCAACAGAGGCGGCCAUCCGCGCGGCUGUCUGCGACAACGCCAAAACCAGCAAGGCUAUGCGCUGGCUGCUGAAGCAGGAGAGAUUGCGGCGUGCAGGCACCGGUGGCCGUUUUGAUCCGUAUGUGUACAUGGUUGCAGGCUGACCUGGUGAGGAUAACUUAGUUGUGUUAUAGCCAUGGAGUUUGCGCAUGUAGAGCUAUUGGUCUAUGGGAGAGGCCAAGUCAACCUCUGACGGUGCUUAGUAAUUUCUACUACCUGUUGUUUAAUUGCUCCAGUUUUCCCUAGCUUUCCUGCAGAUAUGAGGAUAGGAUAUAAAGUCUAGGUUUUCAUGUUAACAAUAGCUUGCAAAGUAAUGGCGAUAAGCUCUUCGAUAGAAAGAUAAAAUGAUAGUCAUAGAUAGCAGUUCUAUAGUAAUGCAGUCAUUAUUCAUAUAUGUUGAAUCAGUUACUUGCAAAAAUAAAGAGAAGGAACGGGUACAGUCGAAUACAUUGAGUUCAGUUUUGAUCCACAUUGGUGUUGCA